AUGUCAGACGACGCUGGGAAAAAAAUAUCACGAAAGUAAGUGUUAAAAAUUGUGAAAAAUUUUUUAAACCGCAAUUUUUUUUAGAGAAGCGAAGAAGGCGAAAGCCAAAGAGAACUAUGAAAAGACAAUUCUGUCUAUGGGCGGAAUUGUCGAAAGUUUGCCAGAAGUGGAAGGAAACGGAGACGAGAAUCAUGGAGGAAUCGGUUCUGGCGCCGAGCUCGGAGCUCACUUCACCGUUUCUCAAACUUCAAAAACAGCUACUCAGCUGGUGCAACUCGAAAAUUCGAUGGACAUCAAAAUUGAGAAUUUCGAUAUUUCUGCGCAGGGAAAACUUCUGUUCGACAAAGCCAGUCUCACAAUUGUCUAUGGGCGCCGUUACGGACUCGUCGGACCGAACGGAAUGGGAAAAACGACACUUUUGAAACACAUUGGAGCUCGUCGUCUCGCGAUUCCGUCUCACAUCGAUCUUUUGUAUUGUGAGCAGGAGAUUCAGGUUGACAGCACGUCUGCUAUCGAUACGGUUGUCAGAUCCGACAAGAAAAGACUAGCGCUUCUCGAGGAAGAGAACCAACUGAUGACCCAAAUUGAAGAGGGCAACACGGAAGUCACGGAGAGACUAAAGGAAGUUGGUGAAGAGCUGAGAGACAUUGGCGCCGAAAGUGCUGAGCCGAGAGCACGCAGAAUCCUCGCGGGUUUAGGAUUCUCGAAGGAAAUGCAGGAGAAACCGUGCACCGACUUCUCCGGAGGAUGGAGAAUGAGAAUUUCGCUUGCCAGAGCUCUCUUCCUCGAGCCGACACUUUUGAUGCUUGACGAGCCUACCAACCAUCUCGACUUGAAUGCCGUCAUUUGGCUCGAUAAGUGAGUCGCCCAAAAGUGUAGCAAUUAAUUCAAAAAUCCGAUUUCAGUUAUCUUCAAACCUGGAAGAAAACUCUCCUCAUCGUGUCUCACGACCAAGGAUUCCUGGACAGUGUUUGCACGGACGUCAUCCACCUGGACAACCAAAAACUGCAUUACUAUCGUGGUAACUACACGCUUUUCAAGAAGCAAUACGCGCAAGACAUGAAAGUGCAUGAGAAGGCGUUUGAUCAACAGCAGAAGCAGCUGAAAGCCAUGAAGAAGGACGGAAAGAGUGCGAAACAGGCCGAAGAGCAAAUCAAGCAGCAACUGGCAAAUAAGGCCAAGAAGGGCGGAAAGAAAACUGCCGCGAAGGCUGCGGAAGACGAAGACGCCACUCCGAUCGAAAUGUUGCAAAGGAGGAAAGAGUACUCAGUGAAAUUCCAGUUUCCGGAAACUGAUAAGCUGAACCCGCCCCUCCUCGGACUGUACGGCGUCACCUUCGGAUACGGAAAGGACAUUCUCUUCAAGAACAUCGAUUUUGGAGUUGAUAUGGACUCGCGAAUCGCUAUUGUUGGUCCAAAUGGAGUCGGAAAAUCGACGCUUCUAAAGUUGCUCAUUGGAAAGAUUGAACCUGUUAGUUUAUUCUUCAAUUCAGAUAUCAGUUUUUCGCAUACUAUCACAAUCAUGCAUUGGUGUUUUGAGUUGAGCACCGGCAGUUCGGGACAGGCGAGUGGGAGAGGCCUGAUUCGGAACAAAAAUUUGGCAGCCGUAACGCUAAAUUACUUCUAUGGGUCAUAUUGGCUAAAUUACUUCUAUGGGUCAUAUUCGUUCAGUUUCCACUCAUUUGAACCCACUAUUCAACCAUGUUUUCAGCAACAAGGAGAGCUCCGCAAGCACCGUCUUCUCAAAAUCGGAUGGUUCGAUCAGCACGCGAACGAGGCUCUCAACGGCGAGCAGUCACCUGUCCAAUUUCUCUCCACCAGGUUCAACAUCGACGUGCAAGAGGCGCGGAAGCAGCUCGGUACCACUGGACUCGCCGCCCAUGCACACACCGUUAAGAUCAAGGAUCUCUCGGGAGGACAAAAGUCGAGAGUCGCACUGUGCAAUCUGGCGCUCGGAAAGCCAGACAUCAUCAUUCUGGAUGAGCCGACGAACAACCUGGACAUUGAGUCGAUUGACGCGUUAGCGGAGGCGAUUCGCGACUUCAACGGUGGCGUUCUGAUGGUGACUCACGACGAACGGCUGGUCGUGAGAACGGACUGCAAUCUGUGGAUUGUAGAGAACCAAACGGUGGCGGAGAUCGACGGAGACUUUGACGAUUACAAAAAGGAGGUGUUGGACGCGCUUGGAGAGGCUCUGGUCGCCAAUAAAAAAUAA